GAUUUAAUUUAGAGUAUGAUAAUUGCGUGACAAUCAGCGACAUAUGGCCAGCAAUUUGAUGGCCUUGCCGCAGUUGCUCGCGCGGCAGCAAAGGGACAGGAACGGACGGACGCCAAGAGAAAAUUGUAGCCAAUUUAUUUGGUCAGGCUAUUUGCAAAGCUCUUCAGGAAUUGUGUCCAAUCAGUGCAUAUUUACAGCUUGACUCACAGAAAAGUCCGACAAAUUAGCGAUGAAUGUUAAGCAUCUAAGUUGGUUCACGCUAAGCCUGUUGCUGUUCCUGCGAGGCAGCGCUGCAAGCGAGCAGGAUCUGGAGCAGGGACAGGAUCAGCAUCAGGCGGCUGAAAUGACUGUGGAUAUGGAUAUGGCCACGACGCAUAUGAUGCACUCAUCAGCAACGGGCGGGCAGCUGGAAAAGUCCUUGGAGCAGGAGGAAACCAAAAGUAAACCGGAACCGGAACCAAAAUCAAGCAAGGCAACGGAAACAAAGGCAAUGAAACCAGAACCAGAAAUGGGUGAAGCAGCGGAUACCAAGUCAUUGGAGCAGCAGGACACCAAAAAGAAGCUUGAAGCGGAACCAGAAUUGAGCAGGCCAAAGGAAAGGAAAUCAAUGGAAAAGCAGGAAAAGGUAGCUGAAGAAAAGCCGGAACUAGAAGUGGACACAUCCAGAAAAAUAGAGUCAAUGGAACAGCCGGAAACUGAAACUGAACCGAGCCCGAAAACGGAACCAGAGUCGGCAAGGCAAGCUAAGGCUGUGGAGGACCAGGAAAAUCCAACUGAGCCGCCAGCCGAACCAGAGGCAAUUGCAUCAAUGGAGCAGCAAGCGGAUACAAAUGAAGCCGAACCGGAAACAGAAACGAGCAAGGGAAGCGAAACUAAGGCAAUGGAAGAGACGGAAAUUGCAACUGAGCCGCCAGCGGAACCGGAGACGAAACUUGAACCCAGCAAUGCAGCGCAGUCAGCAGAAGCCACACACUCCAUGGACUAUCAGGAUGAUGCAGCGGAGCCACAUGAGGCGACCAGUCCAGAGACACCAGCUCCAACGACGCCAGCUCCAACGACGCCAGCUCCAACGACGACAGCUCCAACGACGACAGCUCCAACGAUGCCAGCUCCAACGAUGCCAGCUCCAACGGCAGCUGAGCCCGCAGUAAAGCAAGUGAAUCUGUCGCUGCCCCUGCUGCCCAAUAGCUGCUUCAGCUGCUCCAGCUAUCGGAAUGGCAGCUGUCUGCGGCAGCCCGCGGAGCGUCAGCAGUGCCCGCCGAAUUCCAAACGCUUUGGAUGCUAUACGCUGUUCAAACGUGACACACAGCUGAUAAUGCGCGGCUGCACGGCGGACCUGACCGAGGAGGGUAAUAAAUAUUGCCGCCAGGAAACGGAGCUCUGCAAGCUGUGCACCGGUCCGCUCUGCAACAAGGAGCUGGCUGCAUUGGCCAGUGCAGCUCCGAUCCUGGGCAGCUUAACCAUCUGGCUUCUAUGCUUUAUAGCUGCGUUGGAGCAAGUCUAAAGGCAGAGCUGGAGUCGCUUUAGCUUAGCUUUUAAGCAAGUGUUGGAUAAUUUUGAAAGUCUUAAAGUAAAAUAGCUAAACUAGAAUACCCUGUAAAAAUAGUUUAACAAGCAUAUCCCGUAUCGUAUACCCUCUACUGUUGUAUUUCUACUAUAUAUUACUUCAAAUAGCCUCUAUGAAUGGUAUAACAAUCGGUUCAAUAAUCUUGUUGAUAUAGAUAAGCAGCUAAUUAUCUAUUAUUUAUUAAUGAUAACGAAAACCUUGCGAACAACAAGCUAAUAAAGUAUUUGCAAUUGCUGAAAGUAUUUAA